GUAACAUAGAAUUCUGAAUACGAGCCUUAAAGAAUUCUAGUUGGAGUUACAGGUGGUUCAGCAGCUGAUAAGACCACUUUAUGUGAAACUAUAAAAAGUGAGAUACAAUUUGAUUCUGAUGUCGAUAUGACAAUCUUAUCCUAUGAAUCUUUAUAUAAGGAAGUUGACAAAACAAAAAUCGAUAUUUUUGAUCAUCCAAACUCCAUUGAUUACAUUUCAAGUAAUUUCUACAUUAUUAUCUGGCAAACUAUCUAAAUACCUAAUUACUCAUUUGUAACCGAUGAAAGAGAGAAUGAAGAUGGAAUCAUUUUGCGUGCUCAAGUUAUUGUAUUUGAAGGCAUGUUAGCGUUGUAUGAUGAAAGAAUUAGAAAUGUAUGACAUAUAAAAUAUUCAUACAUUUUAAUGGAACUUUUAAACUCUAAAUCAUAUAGAUGAUAUCAGAUUGUUUAGAAGAAUUAUCAGAGAUGUUUAUGAGAGAGGAAGAAUAUAGAAAGCAUCCUAUUUUAAUAUAGUUAAUUUGUUAAACGUUCUUUUGAGAAUUUCAUUUAACCAUUUAUGAGCUAUGCCAAUCUUAUUAUUCCAG